CGCCACUUCCGGAGCGGGGUCCUUGGCUCGGAGGCGGCGGCUGCCCGGCCCGGGAGGCGCAGGCAAGCAGGCAGGCAGGAUGGCGGCGGCGGCGGCAUCAGCAGCCUCCGCGUCUGCAGCGUCGUCUGCGGCCGGUGCCUCCGAGAAGGAGGCGAGCCAGCAGAGCAGCCUGGGCGCCUACUCGCCCGUCGACUACAUGAGCAUCACCAGCUUUCCCCGCUUGCCCGAGGAGGAGCCCGGCGGUGGCGGCGGCGCCCCCGAGAGCUGCCUGCGCUCCAGGAAGGAGGAAGACGCGUUCCUGGCCGAGCAGGACACGGAUCCAGAUUCCUUCUUAAAAUCAGCUCGCCUUCAGCGCCUGCCUUCAUCUUCAUCGGAAAUGGGCAGCCAGGAUGUCUCGCCUCUCCGGGAGACCAGCAAGGACCCAUUCUCUGGGGACUGCAGCUGUCGCCAGGACAGUCUGACUGUGAUCAUCACCGCCUGCCUAACGUUUGCUACAGGAGUCACGGUGGCCUUAAUCAUGCAGAUCUACUUUGGAGACCCACAGAUAUUCCAUCAAGGUGCCGUAGUCACCGACGCUGCUCGCUGCACAGCACUGGGGAUCGAGGUAUUGAACAAGCAAGGCUCCUCCGUGGAUGCAGCCAUCACCUCAGCCUUAUGCUCAGGAAUCCUCAACCCUCACACGGCCGGCAUUGGUGGCGGAGGAGUAAUGCUGGUCCAUGACAUCAGGAAGAAUGAGAGCCGGGUGAUUGAUUUCCGAGAGACGGCCCCUUUCAGCAUCCAAGAAGAGAGCCUUAGGAAGGCUUGGGAAACAAAGCCAGGUCUUCUGGUUGGUGUUCCAGGCAUGAUCAAAGGACUCCAUGAAGCACAUCAGUCUUAUGGGAGACUGCCAUGGAGACAGUUGUUGGGCCUUGCUGCAGAUGUGGCCCAGGAUGGAUUCAAUGUCACACAUGAUUUAGCAACGGCUAUAAAAGAAAUGAAGGAAGAGCAAAACUACUCAGAUAAAUUCAGAGAGACCUUCCUUCCAGAUGGCCAGCCCUUGUUGCCUGGCAUGUUUGUGAGAAGACCAGACCUGGCUGCUCUUCUUGACUUGCUUGGGUCGGCAGGGGUCUCAGCUUUCUACAGCGGAAAUGUAACACAAGAGAUUAUUUCAGAGGUCCUUAACUUUGGAGGCACCUUGUCUGAAGAAGACUUCAGUAACUACACUGUCUUGGUGGAAAAUCCAGUCCACACAGUAUAUCAAGGCCACCUUGUUCUCAGUCCAUCACCUCCACACGUAGGUCCUGCCCUGAUCACAGCUCUGAACAUCCUUGAGGGUUUCAAUAUCACCAGUCAGGUAGCCAGAGAAAAUAUUCUCCACUGGAUAACAGAGACACUAAAAGUCGUCUUGGCACUAGCUAGCAGCUUGGGGGACCCUUUCUACGAUGUGUCCAUUUCUCACAGCGUAGAAGACAUGAUGAGUAAAUCCAAGGCAAAUUUCCUGCGACAACAGAUUGACUCUCAGUCGUUCCCCUCUGAUCAUGGCAUUCCACAUUUCUCCAUGGAAAGUGGACCCUCUGCAAGUCAGGUCCUUGUCAUGGGACCUGAUGACUACAUUGUUGCAGUUGUAAGUUCCUUGAAUCGGCCGUUUGGAAGUGGAAUAAUGACUUCUUCUGGAAUCCUUCUAAACAGUCAGAUGCUGGAUUUUUCUUGGAUGAACGAAACAGAAGGCCAUUCAUCUUCUGGCUUGAGGAACUUUAUUCAGCCUGGGAAAAGGCCACUGUCUUUUUUGCUACCUACUGUUGUCCGGCCAUCAGAAGGGAUGUGUGGGACUUACCUUUGUUUGGGAGCCAAUGGUGGCGACAAAGCUUUGAGCAGCAUAACACAGGUUUUAGUAAACGUUUUGACCUACAACAAGAACCUGAGUGAGAGUCUUUCGCUAGGCCGGCUUCAUCCUCAACUUCAGUCUAAUAUCCUGGAAGUUGACAGUGAGUUUCCUGAAGAAGAUAUCAAGUACUUUACAAGCAGCGGUCAGCCGGUGAGCAAAAUUGAGGUCCUUUCUCUCGUUCACGGAGCCAGAAGAACCAACAAUUUCAUAAUUGGUGUGAAAGACCCAAGAAGUGAGGAUGCAGCAGGAGCCACAAUAUUAUAGCAACUCCCAGAUGGGUUUGUUCAUGAAAUAAGGCUUUUUCCAAAACACAUUGUGCAUGUACCCAAACAAUCCCUUUAUCAUUCCCCCUGAGGCGGAACAAACAGUGUUUGUUAUUGGUUUCUCCAUUGCUGAAUAGACCCCUCUGCACUUCUAUGCUAAAACCAAUGCAGCAAUGAAGGCUGACAAAGGCACAAUACAGACCUUAGUUUUUUUGUUGUUUUGUUAUUAUGAACUUGAGUUAAAAGAAUCUCAGGCAUUAUUAUAAUAUGAGCACAGGGAAUAGGUUUAAUUUCAGCAGCACCCUGUCAAUGGUUGAUUCCAGCCAUUUAAUGCACAGAGAGAUAUUUCUAAACUAAGCACUGGGAACAUUCAGGAAGCAAACCACUGGCUGUGUACAAAUGUGCUGUUCUGAGAGCAGUGGUGGCAGGUUCCUUCCUCUGUAAAUACACAUACUUCUGUUUUGAGACAAGUUCUCUAAAAAGGCAAAGAAAGAAUCGCAGUUUCACAGGUUUGAGUCUGAAUGGGAUGAAUGAGAAAAAUCUUAUCUGCGGCGGGUGCCUAUUGGCUAAUAUAUGUGACAUCAUUAGCUCCGUCUCCUCCAAUCUCUGGAACAGUUCUGCAGUUUAAAAUAAUGUUUUCUGUCCCCCUCUCCCCCUUGUAAGGCAAGGAUAAACACAGAGAGCUAUAAGAGAGUGUGUGUGUGUGUGUGUGUGUGUGUGUGUGUACAGGCUGCUUUUUUUAAAAAAGUGGAUAGGCUGCCUGACUCAUUUAAAAAAGGCUAAACAGUGGCUGAUCUAGCAUUUCACCUCCCAAUAUGUAUAUUUGUCAUGGAUGUUUCAGCUUCACUGUGUGCUAGGGCCACACAUACUGGUUUGAGGGCUCUUGAAAUGGUACCUUUGUAUUCACCUGAGAAGAUGAGGCAAAGAUGUUUCUGUGUCCAGUGCAUUUAUUUCUGAUACUGUACUAGUCAACUCUGAAUGAUUCCUUCUCAAGUAGAUGAAUACAGAAUAAGAACAAUGGGUUAAGUUAGCCCUGGGCAUUCUCAGAUGUUCCCCGUGAGUCAAAUGAUUUGUACCAGCAUACAUGUUCUAAUAUGAUAUUGGCUCCUCUGCACAUAUUAAUGAAAGAUUUUAUAAUUCUGAUUUUGCCUCUCUGCCCCAAUGGUGUCCUCUUGGUGGCAUCAGUGCUAUGGUAUCUUGCCAGUUAUUUCAACAAGUUGCAGGUUCCCCCUGUUGUGUUUUGACACAAUACAUUUAUGUAGUUCAACUUUGGAUCUGGAUUAUAAUGCUAUGUACAUCUAUACUGGGGGAAAAGCUGAGCUUCAGUUUUCUCGUGCUACUGUCCAAAGUAGCUCUACCAGCGUAAUAACAUUGCAAAUUUUAAUGCAGAAAGAACUCAGGCAGAUUCAGUGUAACCGUCUACUGAAUAAUUUAACUAAAAUCUUGGCUUUCCAUAGUGCUGCAGUUCCAUUUCAGCUUAUUGUUGCAUUUCUUGGGCAAAACCACGGCAAUCCAAUCAUAAAGCAAGGCCCAACAUAACCAAAAUAAACAAAAAGGCCAUCCUUUCUCACCUAAAUGUUAUGCUAACUGUAAUUUUCAAAUCAUUAACUUUGAAAAACAGCUGGCAAAACAUGGGGGUGAGGAGAAGAAGAUUUAGGCUCAUAUGCAUUCAUAUUCACUCUCUCUACCUUGGCCCAGUAUACCUGUUUCUUUCUUAAUCUAUGCUGAAAAUACAGAUAAUAAAACUAAAUCAAGACAUUGCAUAUUACUCUCACACACACCCCAUUGUCGUUCUCAAAUGUAAACUAAAAACAAAAAUAUUAAGACAGUUUAUAUUAAUGCAUUUUGAGGCUUGGCUGUAAAUACUAAUGGGGCAGGAAAAAUAUUGUAAAUUCUAAUCUUAAUCGACUUGUAGCUGACUUCUUGCCAAGUUUAUCUCACUUCCCUUCAUAAAUUCGAAGUGGAGUUUUUUUGUAAACAGAUAUGACCCAGCUGCUCAGCUCUUGCAAAGUUUACCCUGUUCAUCUGAAUUGCCAACAACAUUGCCUACAAAGUGCUAAAGAGAUACAAAGAAAGUGUUUUACUGAAAUGUAAUAGAAUCCAGGACAAAAACAAAGUUCUAGGCAAUAAAAAGGCACACCAUCAAUAGAAAUGUAGUUUAUGCAUAACACUGAAAGUCUCCUACCCAAGUGAUUCCGUUGGUGUCAAGGAGGAUGUACCCAAAGUUACUUUCACACAUGCUCUAAAUCAGUCUGUCUUAGGCUGAUUUGUGAAGCAGAAGAACAACUGCUGCUUAUCAAAACUAGAGGCAAAUACACAAACAGACAUGGGCAAGUGUUCCAGAUUAUUUCUAGACACGGGUGCUGACACACUCAGUUUCUUAUGUCAGAAAUCAAUCAAGAGGACCUCACAUCGGGAGCACUUUGAGAUAUGUACAAAUAUUUCAGUUCUCUGUGUAGAUGAUAGUGGGUACAUCAGAACAACUCUCUUGAUGUGAAAUAUUCAGUCAGUGAAUGCAUGGAGGCAGGGCGCAUGCCACAGCAGCGCAUUCUGCCCUCAGCUUCCACAUGUUCAGUGGAAGGUAUGCACAGGGAGCCCUACAUGUUGGGAGCUGAAUUUGUGUGGGUUCUAUUUGCCUGAUGUGGGAGACUGGACCCCUGAGUGUGCUGACAGAGCCAAUGUGUGUACAGCUGCAGGCACAGCUUCAACUAAAAAAUGUGCACAUUGGUGGAGUGAACGGAAUAAAUGAUCCCACCUACCACCAUGUAUUCACUGAUUGCAUGAAGGCCUCGUCUGAAUGUGAAAGCAAAUUCACAGUUCUACACCAUAUAAAUCACAGAAAAAACUCUGCUUCUGACUCCAUUAAUAAAUAAAAAUUAUAUCAGCGUACAGAAUCCUUCCACUAAGCUUUUGAACAACUUCCCUCCCUAACAAAAUGCAAUUUCACAGCACUUGACGUAUUAAAUGCACACCCACAAAAAUAUCUCCCCUAUACUGAUUUCACAUUAAAUUAAAGUGCAUAACUUUUAUUGCUUUCCCCCAUCAUAUUAUUGUACCUAUGGCUACUGUACAUAUUCUGUAUGUAUAUCUGCUAAUAGCUGUGCUGGUGCUCCAGAUCUUAUAUCCCAUGAACUAGAAUUGAAUGAAUACUGUCUUGUUCAUGUGCACAUUUACAUGACAGAAAACCAACUUAAUACGAAGAAUGGCCCCUCCUAAUGUUGGAGGUAUAAAUGAACAAACACACUGCAGAAGCCAUCACUGCUCAUGCUUUAUGCUUGAAUGUUAACUGUCCUUUGAUGACCUCAAUGUAGUUUACAAUCAUUCACUAGUUAAGGGCUCAUUCAGUUGUUCUGUUAUAAGUCGCUAAAUGGCCUACGUGAGAUUUUUGAAUGUUUGUAUGACAACAUCAAUCAAGCUGCAAGCAGUGGUGUAGUGUAGGUUGCCAGCUUCCGGGGCAAGGCAAGCAUUGUGCCCCCUCCUCAGAAAGAGGGGAAAAAACCCAGAACACAUAAACACAUACCCCACGUGAAGUUCAAGAGUUGUGGUGCUUCUCCAGCAAAAGCGCAUGCGGCCUUUUCUAGCCAUAGUAAAGGGGGGUGGCUGGAGGGUGCGGGGAGAGGAGAGGUUGGGGACAAGCGGUGACCUGCCUCCACAAGAAGGUGCAAGAAGAGGAAAUAAUAAAAUGAGGGGAUUCCUUCCACACCACCUUAAACACCAUGCAGGCACUGCAAUUCAGCAGCUUCAAGGUCUCAGGCGAGGGAGGAGCAGAAAUUUUGCACCCCUAAGAAUUUUGCUCAUGGGGCAACAGCCCCUGUGGCACCCACACGCUACACCACUAGCUGCAUGUACCAACAUAUGCUUACAGUCUGCCUUACGUAUCAAAGUCCAGGGCCAGUCCAUGAAUGAGGCAAAGUGAGGCUGCAGGAUUCACAGAGGCAGCAGAUCCCAAUGUCAGUCUCCCCCCUCCCCUUGUUCCUGAUGUAGAUCUUUCCUCACCCCUUCAUCCCUGGUGGGGAGGGCAGAUCUGCCAUUUUGGGGUCCUCUUCAGGUGCUAGGAUAGAGUGAUUCAGAUGAAGCAGUGGGGCUGUACAAAGUGAGAGUCAGUAUUGGACAUAGAUAAUGGAGUCUUCACCCGGCUACUGUCCCCGAGUGUCGUUCACUUUUCUUCAGGGAAAGGGUAGGGCUCCAUUUGGGAACAACUGUCUGGUGAGGGCAAAACUGAGGGCCGAGCCUCCAAUAUCAGGAGAGCAAGGUUCAGUGCAUCUUAGUGUAUAGAGUACACAGAAACUGAUUUUGUACAGAUUUUUAGAGAUCCCUGAUAUAGGGAUCCUUCCUCCAUAUACACUUGCCUGUCCUAAUGACAAGACAUUUUGUUAAAUCUCUUAUUAAACUGGACUGAGCAACUGGCAUAUUUGUUCUUCCUCAUGGUAACAGAAGUGGAUUGGGGGGGGGGGCUAAGAAGAGAAAAAUUAGAAACUUGUCCAUGAAUACAAAGCCAUAGAAGAUAGUCAGAAGUUUUACAAUGGAUCCCUUAGAGCUAUUUCCACAUAUACGUGUUAACACUUAUGUGGAUUUCUGCAGCGAGGGAAGAUAAGAUGAACUGAAGGGAUAUAUCCAUAUUUUUGCUCUGAGGAGGCAACAUACUGCACACAGAGUGCACAUGUACACACUGAGACACACACUUACACUCACACAGGGGUUUACCAUAACACUACAAGGUUCAGAAAGUAGGAUGAGCUGUGCUUGCAAAGGAGAAAUCAUAGCCUUAGAAUGCAUUUCAAUUGUUUCUUAGCAAGCACAGUUUGCAUUCGGCACUAAAUUUGGUACCAAAUGUAAGCUGAGCUGUUUUCUGCUGGGGUUGGAUCUACCUGACAUCCUAUUACAUCAGGUUGGUAUCUCUGCCCACCUGUCAAAUGUGGCACAAUCUGAUCCAGCUUUCUGGCCAAGUAUGGUUCCUUGUGUUAACUGUCCCCUUCCCAGCUGUGACAAUCAGUUUCCUUCAUUGAAUUAGACUUGAAAGGAGCCUUCUCUUGUAGCUGUGGCACCUCCAAAUGCUGUCAUCACCCCUGCACCCAAAUUAGGUUUGAAGACAGCCUUCUUUUCCUACAAGAGAAAGGUGAUGGUGCGGGGGUGGGGGGAGAAAGCUGUGGGUGCUGAGGAAGGCCUCACUUGGUACUUGUGCACCUGUGGGUUGGUGACCCCAAGUCAAGAUGAGCUCACAGAGCUGCAACCCUAUACAAGCUAGGGGUGUGCAGAUGAUUUAGAUGAAUCCUAUAUCUUGAACUGAAGUGGAAUACUUUGGACAGAUUCAGGGCUUGUCUUAAGCUGACUCUUUCCAAACUGAGAUUUGGAGCCAAACUGAAUCAGGCCACCUCCAAAGUGCUUUGGAUCUAACUGGACAGUUUUCUUAAGUAUCAGAUUGGGGUUCUUCUGAAUUUUUGGUCAAUGCUUGUUCCUUAUAUACAUUUACCUGGCAGUAAGGGGCACUGAAUUUAAUGAGGGCUUACUUCUGAGUAAGCAUGCAUAGGACUGCACUGUAAAUUGGAGAGGUUAGAACAAGGGUGCAAAACAAGUGACCCUCCAGAUGUUCUGCUCCACCUUCCAUCAGUCUCAACUAAGUUGGCCAAUGGACAGGAAUGAUGGAAGUUUUAAGUUCAGUAACAUCUAGAAGACCACAACUUUCCCAAGUGAAGAGAGAGUAUUUAAUGAUCUGCUCAGUGCCUGCUUAAGGGUGAAACAAGGAUUCAAAACUGAAUUCAUUAUGGUGUGUAUGCUAUAGCACUGGGAUAUGGCAGUUAUUUAACUUAAUCAGUGGGGGGAAGGAUGUGAUAUCAUAUAUAAGAUAUAAAAUAGUGAAUGUUAUCCUUUCAGACACAGGUCCUCAGUUGUGUGCAGUCACUCUACUGUAGCUCUGUUCCAGCAAUAGGGAUCCCUUUCUAGAUCACCUACUGCAGGAGGGCACUAAAGAACUGGCCUCUCCUUUUCUAAUCUGUGACUGACUGCAUAUUGUUUUAGUGUCUUUCUAAGCAAAUUGUAGUGUGAUGUGUUAGAUUGAUCAACAUAUGGAUUGUAAAGAGCAAAAUACUCAGUGGACUACCCCACCUAUCUUCUAGGCACUGAGCAAAAUGUCUGAAGCACCAUCUAAACUUACUUUGUUGCUGGGAACCAAAAUGCUUAAAGUUUAAUUUUACCAGAAGGUAAAUUGCAAGAAGAGGGAUUUUUAAAAAAACACAAUGUAUACUUUGAAAAACAGAGUUCAUGAAUACAAAUUGUAAAGUUGACAUGUUUACUGUAUAGCAUCAUUUUUAUUUUGAAACAAGUAACACAAAAUGCAUUGUUAUCACAACUGUGACUUUGGUUGUACAGACAAGAAAUAUGUUCAUGCAUUUUCCCACCAAUAACAAAAAGGCAGAAAUAAAAACACUUUUCUUUUUGUAUUAUA